UCCCUGCGGCCGCCAUUUUCCGUCCGGGCAACACAAGAUGGCGGCUCCCAGGGCCGGGCUCUGAGCGGGGGCCGGAGGGGGGCGGCAGAGGGGCCCUGCUACGACGGGGAGGAGUAACUGCCCCACGCGGGGUAGUUCCCUCGCAGGGGGAAUUGGUGUAGUUUUCCAAAAGGGGGGAAGCAAUUAGGGGGCGAUUUAGUUUCAGCCUCUCUUCUUUCUACCACAAGAGGAGGGUGUUUGCCCCAUAGAGAGGGUGUCUGUACUGGGGGGUUCGGGAGUCGGCGAUCUAAACUCGCUUUCACUGAGUGGAGGGUUAGUAAGUUCCUCAGCAAAAGGGGCACGUUUCUUUUUUACAUUGCAGCUGCCCCACGUGAAAGAAAACAUAGGAAGGUGUUUGCCCCGCCAAGAGUUGCUUUUGGAGGGUGAAUAUUUUUCAGCAUCCCUUUUUUCACAAUUACCCCGAAAUAGUUUGCCUGCUGCAGCAAGGAAGUGCCUCCAACCUAGUUCCCACGGUGAGAGGUGUGCUAGUAGUGAAAAAAGGAGUAGCAGGGUGUUGCGCCCCAUUUAAGGGGGGCCGUUUGAGCCAGUUCUCCUUAAAAAAAAGUGAAGGUGGUAUUGCCGGUAUACACACUUACCUCAAAGGAGGUAGAGUGCAUGUGGUUGGGGGAUUGUCUUUUUUUGGCCACCCUUAGCUAAGAGAAUUGAUAAGAGUUGCCUCUUGCUUUGCUUUUUUAGAGGACUGAUUGCUAGAGAGGAUACUCGUUUGAGAGUGGGGAGGUGGUUUCUAUGGCUGCCGCCUCUCCUAUUGUCCCUAGUGGGGGCUCCCCAACAGGUGUCGGGGCCACCCCAGGGCUGUUGCAGCCCCGCUGGAAGCGAGUAGUUGGGUGGUCAGGCCCUGUGCCUCGGCCCCGACAUGGGCAUAGAGCUGUGGCCAUCAAAGAGCUGAUUGUGGUCUUCGGAGGGGGCAACGAGGGCAUCGUGGAUGAGUUGCAUGUCUAUAACACAGCUACAAACCAGUGGUUCAUCCCAGCUGUGCGAGGAGACGUCCCACCUGGUUGUGCUGCCUAUGGCUUUGUCUGUGAUGGGACUCGUCUCUUGGUGUUUGGAGGGAUGGUGGAGUAUGGCAAGUACAGCAACGACCUCUAUGAAUUGCAGGCCAGCCGUUGGGAGUGGAAGAGAUUGAAGGCCAAGACUCCCAAGAAUGGGCCCCCACCCUGCCCACGCCUUGGCCAUAGCUUCUCACUGGUGGGCAACAAGUGCUACCUGUUUGGGGGGCUGGCCAAUGACAGUGAAGACCCCAAAAAUAACAUUCCAAGGUACUUGAAUGACCUCUAUAUCUUGGAGCUGCGUCCAGGCUCUGGUGUGGUAGCGUGGGACAUCCCCAUCACUUACGGUGUACUGCCUCCCCCAAGGGAGUCCCACACUGCUGUGGUGUACACAGAAAAAGACAACAAGAAAUCCAAGCUGGUCAUAUAUGGUGGCAUGAGUGGCUGUCGUCUUGGUGAUCUUUGGACGCUUGACAUCGAUACUCUGACAUGGAAUAAGCCAUCCCUGAGCGGGGUGGCGCCGCUCCCUCGCAGCUUGCACUCAGCCACAACCAUCGGGAACAAGAUGUAUGUAUUUGGGGGCUGGGUGCCCCUUGUCAUGGAUGAUGUAAAAGUAGCCACACAUGAAAAGGAAUGGAAAUGCACAAAUACUCUGGCUUGCCUCAACCUGGAUUCUAUGGCUUGGGAGCCCAUUCUGAUGGAUACGCUGGAGGAUAAUAUCCCACGGGCACGAGCUGGGCACUGUGCAGUGGCCAUCAAUACCCGCUUAUACAUCUGGAGUGGCCGUGAUGGCUACCGCAAGGCCUGGAAUAACCAGGUUUGCUGCAAGGAUCUCUGGUACCUUGAGACAGAGAAACCUCCAUCGCCUUCACGGGUGCAGCUGGUUCGUGCCAACACCAACUCCCUGGAAGUUAGCUGGGGUUCUGUCCCAACAGCUGACACUUACUUGCUGCAGCUGCAGAAGUAUGACAUCCCAGCUGCCACCUCACCAGCUGCCAACCCGGUACCCUCAGUGCCUGUCAACCCUCCCAAGAGCCCUGCUCCAGCUGCAGCUGCACCCGCACCUCCUGUACAGCCGCUGGCUCAAAUGGGCAUCACUCUGCUGCCCCAGACCACAGCUGUUGCCGCCGCUGCCGCUGCCGCCUCCACAACUCCUGCCCCUCCUACCACUACCACCAUCCAGGUGCUGCCUACUGUGCCUAGCAGCCCAAUGCCAGUGGCAGCUGCUGCUGCUGUCGCCACUCCUCGCCCGCAAGCUGUCCCAGCUGUUCUGAAAGUCACAGGCCCACAGGCUACCACAGGGGCUCCAUUGGUGACAGUGCGUUCAGCAGGGCAGGCUGGAAAGGGCCCAGUGACUGUGACUUCACUGCCUGCUGGGGUGCGCAUGGUGGUGCCCACACAGAACACCCAAGGGACGGUGAUUGGCAGCAGCCCUCAAAUGAGUGGCAUGGCUGCUCUGGCUGCUGCCGCUGCUGCCACUCAGAAAAUCCCACCAUCCUCAGCCCCUACUGUGCUGAGUAUGCCUGCUGGCACCACCAUCGUUAAGACUGUUGCUGUUUCUCCGGGCACAACCACACUACCCACCACAGUCAAAGUAGCCUCUUCUCCAGUCAUGGUCAGCAACCCAGCAACCCGCAUGCUGAAGACAGCAGCUGCCCAGGUUGGCACCUCAGUUUCCUCAUCCACCACCAACACACCUACCCGGCCCAUCAUCACUGUGCACAAGUCGGGCACUGUCACGGUAGCACAGCAGGCCCAAGUGAUGACCACUGUGGUGGGUGGCGUGACAAAGACCAUCACAUUGGUGAAAAGUCCUCUCUCCGUGCCAGGAGGCAGCGCUUUGAUUUCCAACUUGGGUAAAGUGAUGUCUGUGGUUCAGACCAAACCAGUGCAGACAUCAGCUGUAACAGGACAAGCGUCGACUGGCCCUGUGACCCAGAUAAUCCAGACCAAAGGGCCCCUGCCUGCUGGCACCAUCUUGAAGCUGGUGACCUCAGCAGAUGGCAAGCCCACCACAAUCAUCACCAGCUCCCAGGCAGGUGGAACAGGUACCAAGCCCACCAUCCUGGGAAUCAGCAGUGUCUCUCCGAACACAACGAAGCCUGGCACCACCACCAUCAUCAAGACCAUCCCCAUGUCAGCUAUUAUUACCCAGUCAGGUGCCACAGGUGUCACCAGUAGUCCUGGGAUCAAGUCUCCCAUCACCAUCAUCACCACAAAAGUGAUGACUUCUGGCACUGGCACACCUGCCAAGAUCAUCACAGCAGUACCCAAGCUGGCCACAGGUCAUGGCCAGCAGGGUGUGACACAGCCUUUCAAAUUUCUGCCGUCACAGGUGGUGCUUAAAGGAGCGCCAGGGCAGCCUGGCACUAUCUUGCGAACUGUCCCUAUGGGCGGAGUACGGCUUGUCACCCCUGUCACUGUGUCUGCUGUCAAGCCCACUGUCACCACUCUUGUGGUGAAAGGAACAACAGGUGUUACAACCUUGGGCACUGUAACAGGCACCGUUUCAACCAGCCUGGCCGGGACAGGGGGACACAAUACCAAUGCUUCCCUGGCUACACCCAUUACCACCCUAGGCACCAUUGCCACCCUUUCCAGCCAGGUCAUCAAUCCAGCUGCUAUCACAGUCUCUGCAGCACAGACCACUCUGACGGCAGCAGGAGGACUGAGCACUCCCACCAUCACUAUGCAGCCUGUCUCGCAGCCCACUCAAGUCACGCUGAUUACGACACCAAGCGGCGUUGAAGCCCAGCCAGUGCAUGACCUGCCCGUCUCUAUCUUGGCCUCUCCCACCACAGAGCAGCCCACGGCCACCGUCACAAUUGCUGAAUCGGGGCAGGGAGACCCACAGCAGGGCACUGUCACCCUGGUGUGCUCCAACCCACCCUGUGAAACACAUGACACAGGCACCACCAAUACAGCCACCACAACAGUCGUGGGCACUUUGGGCGGGCCGGCCCAGUUGCAGUUUGUGUGUGACGGGCAAGAGGGUGGAGGGCUCCAGGCGAAUGGGAGAGUGGUGCGGGUCUGCUCCAAUCCUCCCUGCGAGAUGCACGAGACGGGCACCACUAACACCGCCACCACUGUGAGGAGCGCUGGCCAGAAGGGCUGCUCCAACCCGCCCUGUGAAAUGCACGAGACGGGCACUACCAACACCGCCACCACCUCCAAAAUGGAGAAGGUCCCCACAGAGCCAGCAUGCCAAACUUUCCAGACUAGUGCUACUAGCACCACCAUGACAGUGAAGCCCAUUGUGGGCAUGGGGCAGCUCGUGUGCUCCAACCCACCCUGUGAAACGCACGAGACAGGCACCACCAACACCGCCACCACCGCCACCUCCAACAUGGGCCGGGGACAACCCGAUGGGGGGCAGAAAGAACCGGCCGACCCGCCGUGCCAAACGCAACAGACUAACACCACCAGUACCACCAUGUCGGCCAAAGCGGACAUCCCCACUGAGCAGCCGUGUACAGUGCGAAAGGUAAGCUUGAUGCCAGCUCCUGGCAUGCCCAGUGUUGCCUCCAGCAGCUCCACAUUACCAGCCAGUGAAAGACUACCCAUCCCGCGAAGCCUCCGGUGCGAGUCCCAUCACACCCACACCACCAACACAGCUACCACGGCUCGGUGUCUCAUGGGCCGAGGGCAGCCUGAUGGUGAGUGGGCAGGAUCUGCCAACUCCCUGUGCCAAACACAGCAGACCAGUUCCACCAGCACCACCAUGUCGGCCAAAGCUGAUGUGCCUACAAAGCAGCCAUGCGCAGUGCAGGCGGUGUCGCCAGAGUCGGUUCCAAGCCCGGCCCAGCUGAGCACACCGUGCGUUUCCCGCAGUACGGACACCAAGGAAAGUAUCCCUCGGGUGUGCUCCAACCCGCCUUGCGAGACUCAUGAAACAGGUACCACAAACACUGCUACGGUGGCUGCUUCAAACAUGGGUGCCACCCAGCAGGUUUGCUCCAACCCACCUUGUGAGACUCACGAGACGGGCACCACCAACACAGCCACCACGGCCUCCUCCAGCAUGGGGACGGGGCAGCAAGUGUGCUCCAACCCGCCCUGUGAGACUCAUGAGACGGGCACCACGAACACGGCCACCACCACCACAUCAAACAUGGGUGCUGGGCAGGGUGAAGGUGCCCAGCAAGCCCCUGUUGCUCCCCCCUGUGACACGCAGCAGACAAGCUGCACCAGCACCACCAUGACCCCCGGUGUUGGAGGCAAUGGCAUCCAGCUUUCCAGCUCAGCUCCUGCACUAGCCGGGGACUCUGAAUCAGGAAAUGUUUCUGAGGGAGAGACUCCAGGCACUGAUGGAUCGCCGCCACGGAGCCCUCCUGCCAAGGUGUGCUCCAAUCCUCCUUGCGAGACGCACGAGACGGGAACAACUCAUACAGCCACCACUGUUACCUCCUCAAUGGGGUCCAACCAAGAUCAGCCACCUGCUACCAAUGGACAGCAGGGGGAGUCGGAGACAACUGUGAGUGAGAGUGCAGCUGCAGCCGCCAGCAGCCCCAGUGCAGUGACAACCACUGUUCCCUCCACCCAGACCAGGGCCGUCACCACCGUUACGCAGUCGACACCUCCACCGGGGCCCUCUGUGCCGAGCAUCUCUUCAUUGGCGGACACACCUGCAGAGGAAGCUGCUCCCUCGACUGAGACGCCAGCUACCACCAGUGUGGAGGCCCUACCAGGACCUCCUGAGGCCCUGCGGCCCUCUCCAGAGACACAGGUGCCAGCAGCCGAGCCCCAGGAGCAAGCCCAGGCUCCCAUAGCUGGUCCUGUGCCCACGGAAGCCCCGGCAGCUGAAGCUGUUCCUCAGCUAGAGCUUGCUGCCCCUGUGGAGGAGGCGCCAGCAGCACAAGCAGCCCCUGCUCAGGAACCCGUGGCGAUGGUGGUGCUGCCCCAGGCCACCCCUACAGCCCCCCCACCCUCAGAAGUCGAGCAGCUGGCCUUGCCACAAGAGCUGAUGGCCGAGAGCCAGCCAGGCACCACCACGCUCAUGGUGACGGGGUUGACGCCGGAGGAGCUGGCAGUGACGGCUGCUGCAGAGGCUGCUGCCCAAGCUGCUGCCACCGAAGAGGCGCAAGCCCUUGCUAUACAGGCAGUCCUGCAAGCGGCUCAGCAGGCUGUCAUGGGUCCUGGAGAGGCCAUGGACACAUCCGAGGCAGUGGCGGCACAAGCUGAACUAGGUCACUUGGGCUCAGAGGGCCCAGAGACCCAGGCCACCACCAUCCCCAUAGUGCUCACCCAGCAAGAGCUGGCUGCCCUUGUGCAGCAGCAGCAGCAGCUCCAGGAGGCUCAGGCGGCGGCAGCUGCAGCAGCAGCAGCAGCAGCAGCUCAGCAGCAUCAGCCUCAGCACACGCUGCCUUCCCAUCUGCCCACGGAAGCCCUGGCUCCUGCUGACAGCCUCAACGACCCAGCCAGUGAGAGCAACGGCCUCAAUGAACUGGCCAGUGCAGUCACCAGCACAGUUGGGCUACUACCUCCUACGCCCACGGAGAGUCUUGGUCUUGCUCCAUCUAAUACUUUUGUGGCUCCACAACCGGUGGUGGUGGCCAGCCCAGCAAAAUUGCAGGCAGCGGCUGCUCUGACAGAAGUUGCUAAUGGGAUUGAGCCAGCUCCUGUGAAACCGGAGCCUCCUGCCCAGCCCCCAAAGGUGGUUGUGAAGAAGGAAAACCAGUGGUUUGAUGUGGGUGUUGUCAAGGCAACCAACAUGAUGGUGACGCACUACUUCCUGCCUCCCGAUGAUGCACCUGCCACAGAAGAUGACUCAGGCACUAUACCAGAUUAUUCGCAACUCAAGAAGCAGGAGCUACAGCCCGGUACAGCUUAUAAAUUUCGAGUGGCAGGCAUCAACGCCUGUGGCCGGGGUCCUUUCAGUGAAAUCUCGGCAUUCAAAACCUGCCUGCCUGGCUUCCCUGGAGCACCCUGCGCCAUCAAAAUCAGUAAGAGCCCAGAUGGAGCGCAUCUCACUUGGGAGCCACCUUCUGUCACCUCUGGGAAGAUCACAGAGUACUCUGUGUACCUGGCCAUCCAGAGUGCCCAGGCAGGCGAGCCAAAGAGCGCAGCCCCUGCCCAACUGGCCUUCAUGCGGGUUUACUGCGGGCCCAGCCCCUCGUGCCUGGUGCAGUCAGCUAGUCUCUCCAAUGCCCACAUAGACUACACCACCAAGCCUGCCAUCAUUUUCCGCAUUGCUGCCCGCAACGAGAAGGGCUAUGGCCCUGCCACACAAGUCCGGUGGUUGCAAGAGUCAAGUAAGGAUGGUUCCAUGAUAAAACCAGCCAACAAGCGGCCACUUUCUUCUCCUGACCUGAAAACCGCUCCAAAGAAGCCCAAAGCAGAUGGGCAGUGAAGGGCAUCCCAAGCUGUCCCCUCUUCCUGCCUGCUCCACAGCCUCCGCCUGAACCCCCGGCCGGCCAGCCGCCCCUGUGUGUGGAGGAAGAUGGAACUGCCGAAAGCACAUUUCAUACACUGCGGGGCUGGACUAUUGGGGCAGGGGGGAGAAGAGAUACAUAGGCUCACUGAGCGAGCCCCAAGCAGGGGGCCAUCACUGCGCCACUGUGCCCCAGCCUAGGAAGGGGGAAGAAGGAACAGAGUUCCUCCCCCACCCCCUGCUGCCACCCCAUUGACAUGGACACUGAUGUUAGGGGUGGGUUUGGAGGGGGGAAGUGUUGUUGGGGGGAGGGGGGCUGUUGGGUUUUUUACAAGUUGCAGUUACAGGAAUGAAGUUCUUUUGUAUUCCCCAGCAUCCUGUGUGUUGGCGGUGGGAGACCCGUUCUCCCUGCCUCCAGUUCUUGCCUCUGUACAGACCCUCUCCCUCAGUUUAGUUUUUAGUGUCUGCGUUGGUAAAGGAGAGGAGUCUCUGCUGUUUGGGGGAGGGGGAAAUCUGAUGUGGUUGGACCACAGAUGCAUCUAACUUUGAACUUUUGAGGGGGGGGGUGCAGCUCAUUCUACAGCAGCUGUUCUAAUGCUCAGCCCAGGGUAUUUGUGGCUUCAACCCACCCCCUUUCCCUAUACAUGCAGCACCCCCCUUUGCAGCACAAACUGGUAUUUCCCUCUGGUCUUCCCCUCUAAGCCACAAGGUGGCAUGCUCUAGGCAAAUGUCUUGCCAUUCUCCUCCAUUGUUUUGUAUUAAAAAUUAGGAAAAUGUUUUAAAAAAUUGUUUUGGCAGGGUAGCCUGAUCCAGUGGGUCAAGGCUAUAGGUUAGGAGCAAGGCUGCAGGACAUUUUUGACUUGUUGAAAUUGACCUCUCCCUCUGUCUUGGGGCAUGAAUUUCUCCUAGGUUUCUCCUGGAGGAAUAUGUAGUUUCCCUCUAUCCCACUCUGGCUGCCUCUCUGGACAUUCCACAGAAGGGAGGGGAGAAGAGCAGCCAGUGCUUAUUCUUCGGUCUUGGUAGGGGGUGGUCUAUAUAAUGUAGAGUGAGCACCCCCCAGGUGUGCACUGAUGGCUGUGUCCUACCUCUCCAUUGUCAAGGAGAGUGACAGACAAAGCAGCCCCCCUUACAAAACAAAACCCCCAGGAGCAGACCCCUCUCCUUAACUUGCUCUGUGCCCUGGUCUUUUGUAUUAUAGUGUAUUUCGCUGUGUCUACCUUUCCUGUUCAGACCCUAAGAGUCCUAUUGCUCUCCUAUAUCUUACCCAAAUUAUUUUCCAUUGAGACAGGAACAGCCCUCAUAGGAGUUUCCCAUGACUCUCCAACCCUCCCUCCCCCCAGUGCUGCGUAUCUGUUUUUGUGCUAUUUUGAACAAUUAAAGACUUUUUUUUUUUUUUUUGGAAACA